AAGAAACCGACAGAGAGAGAAGACAGUGAGUGGACAGAGCGAGAGAGUGAGGCGAGAGAGAGCGAGAGAGCGAUUGUGUGUGUGAGAGACAGGGGGCUAAUAAGCAUGAGGAGAGAGGAGUGAGGAUGGAUCAAACGCGCACUAUCCUCGCAUGACAAUGAUGACAACCACUUUAUACUCCAAGACGUAAUAUUAUUUUUCACUUCACGUUUCAGGAUAACGGUAUAGAACAACGGCAAUCUUUCUGAAAUACAGUGACUUGACGGGAAAGUAACGGUUCUCUUCACCAAAACUACAACAAACUCUUCAAAUACAACGUAUAUUAAAAUAUAUAUAUAUAUAUAUAUAUAGUGUUACCUUCAUUGUUUCACAACUCAUUUAUCGUGCUUCAUAACCCCCCCCGCGUAACUUUUUGGAUGGUUUUGGGACAGAUGACAGAGAGAUGACUGACUUAUUUUGAAAGACUACUUGAACUGUGCUUAAUAAUAAUAUUAUCUUUGAAUCCAAAAUGGAAUCGUCGCUUAUGUACCUGUUUUUAUCGUUGACGUUACCUGGAGUCAUUUGGCGUGCGUCUUCAAAUCCCUCGCUGAACAACCUCCAACCCGCCCUGAGCCAAUCCAGUUCAAAUGGGGGGAGAGUCGCAAGCAGGCACAGGAACUGGUGUGCUUACGUGGUGACACGCACCAUCAGCUGUGUAAUGGAGGACGGGGUGGAGACGUACGUGAAGCCAGACUACCAGAGAUGUGCCUGGGGACAGUGUUCCAGAGUGAUGGCGUAUCGUACGUACAGGAGGCCCAGGUACAAGGUGGCCUAUAAGAUGGUGACAGAGAUGGAGUGGAAGUGUUGUCAUGGUUACUCCGGGGACGACUGCUAUGAUGGUCCAACGGGGACCGGGGACAGCCAGGUCACAGCAGGACGACCUCACGUCACACAGACCGGAUACAACAAUGGAGCUGGGCAGAAGGGAGGAGAGGGUGACAAGAUGAAACAGAUGGAGGAGACUAUUCAGAGGUUGACCAAGGACAUCCAUGACAUGCAGUCCACCAUGACGGACAUGAACCUGAGGUUCCAAGACGGAACUAAGAGGCCAGGCCUGAACGGAGACAGGACCCCUGCAGACGCAGCCAAGCCCAUGAAAGAGACCAUUCACAACAUUCAGACCAAACUUGACCAACUGGACAAUCGCACGCAGGUCCACGACCAGACCCUGCUGUCCAUCAACAACCACUUGGUCAAUGGUGACAGAGGUUCCCGCGGCAAUGAGCUAGGCGGGGCUGUCACAGGCAAGAUGGACGCCAUGAAGGAGGAGAUCCUCCGCGAGCUGGAGAGGAGGGUCAGUCUGUCGUGCUCCUCCUGCCAGAGCGGGGUGGAGGACAUGAGGAAGCAGCAGAAGAGUGACCAGGAGAGGAUCAGUGCUCUGGAGAAGUUGCUGAGCUCCAUGGAGCAACACUACCGCCACAACAUGGACGUCACCAGGAGGGAGAUGGAACGAACACAGGGCUGCUGCAACACCGUCACAGAGAUUGACAGGAGGCUGACCACCAUGGAGGGGAAGUUUAACGCCACAGCGCAAGGCUAUGAUGUCAUCAAAGAGCGCCUGGACAAGGAGCUGGGUGGUGGGUCGGGUGGAGGAGGAGGAGGUGAGAAAGGAGGGAGGACGAAGGUGACAGAGGAGAAGCUGAACGGUAGACUGAGGGAAGUGGAGAGGAGGCUGAACAACACGGUGAGGAAGACGGAGCAGAAGUUCACCAACACAGGAAACAACAUAAAGGACAACCUGCAGAGAGAGGUCACCACCAUCCGUAACAUGGUCCUCAGCCACAUGGAUGACCACGGCUACAGGAUAGGCAAGGUGGAGCUGGACCUCACAGUCCUGACGGACACGGUUACCGACCACAGCCGACGACUGGGUCAACUAGAGAACACAACAAACUUUAUCGACACCAAACUGUCGAGGACAGUGGACAUGUGCUCCGAGACCUGCGGCCCCAACGGGAAGGGCCGUAAGACAGAAGACAUGGUCAAGACCCUGGAGUGGAGGGUAGUGGCCAACAAGGAGGACAUCCAAAAGUUUGAUACCAGACUCAAGGACCUGUCGCUGACUGGCGACUCUAUAAUAGACAGAGUGGUGGAACUCAGCAACGACGUUAAGAAGAUCAAAGGAUUGACGGGGGAGGACGGCGAGCGCUUCAACCAGAUAGUCACGGAGGUGGAGACGCUGGGGCGGAGCGUGGACGGCUGCUCCAUCUGUAGCACAGUAGAACGAGACCUGCAGUCGUUCACCAACAGCACCAACAGCGCCCUCCGGAGGUGCCAAGCGGAACUGACCAACCUGCACAACAGGUUUGACUCUGAGGACUCCUCUUGUUCUCAGCUGUGCUCCAACCUGCAGGAGAAAGUGGGGAGGCUGAAGGAGGAAGUGGAAGAGUGUACAGGGAAGUGUAAGACCGGCCUGACGGACCUAAAGAAAAACCUGGACGGACAUACGACCCUCCAUGGACAGUUGGGAUCGGACCUGAAAUCCAUCCAGGGGGAACUAUCCAAGUUCACCAUCAGGUUUACUACCCUGAAUGACUCAGUGAAGGGGCUAGGUCAUACGGUCCAGAGGCAUGGCAACACCAUCACAGACCUGGGCUCUACCAAGGAUAACAUCAUGUCUGAGUUGGACCAUGUGCAGACAGAGCUGGACGAGCACAUCAAGGACACCGGGGGGCGCUUCACUGACCUGGGUCGUGAGAUAAAGACCAUCACCAGUAAACACGUGACGGAGAUUGGGGAGUGUCGGCGGUCCGGGGAUGGGCUGGACAAGAGGCUGUCCAAGAUGGAGGAGGUCUGUGGCCGGUUGGAUGGUGUCUCCAACAGCCUGGCCAAGAUCAAGGAGGGGCUGAACAGACACGUGUCUGGGCUGUGGAACUGUGUCAACACUCUCAACUCCACGGUCAUCUUCCACGACGAGUCCAUCGACAACAUCCAGCACGUCCAGCUUCCAGACGUUCACUCUGACAUCAACAGGCUCAACACCUCUGUCCUCAACGUCCUCGAGGAGUUCCACAGCUUUAAACAACAGGACUUUGUCGGUUCACCUGGGCUGCCCGGUCCGAGAGGAGAGAGGGGCUACUCUGGACUCGCAGGGCCAAAGGGACCCCAAGGAAGAGAAGGGCCCCAAGGCAAACCUGGCAAGGAGGGGCUACUGGGACCUCCAGGUCUGAGAGGUGAACAAGGUCCAGCAGGAUCAGAUGCCCAUGUUCCUCGUCUGUCCUUCUCAGCAGCUCUGACCCGCCCUCAGGCCAAGGCUGGAACCAUAGUCUUCAACAAGAUCUUUGUCAAUGAGAAGGAUGUCUAUAACCCAGGCACAGGUUACUUCACAGCCCCAGUGAGUGGUAAAUACUUCUUCAGCGCUACCCUGACAGGCCAUAAGAAUGUGAAGAUUGAGGCUGUCCUAUCUAAGUCUAACUACGGCGUGGCGCGUGGGGACUCUGCAGGCUACCAACCAGAGGGACUGGAGAAACCCAUGGCAGAGGCCAGACACACGCCUGGAGCCCUGGCUGUCUUCAACAUCAUCCUCCCUAUGAAGGUGGGAGAUACCGUCUGUAUCGACCUGGUCACCGGGAAACUAGCCCAUUCCUCAGAACCCCUCACCAUCUUCAGCGGGAUGCUGCUGUAUGAGACCGUCUGAUUGGGCUAGACUGUCAGUGUGAGGCCUUCUGAUUGGCUGGUCUGAAGGAGAGGGAUGAGUCUAAUUGGUGCUUACAGAGACAGACAGAAGUGACUGAGAGGACAGUGUCUUGAGAUCAACAAUUGAAUCAAACCGGCAAGAGAUAUACCUUCAUGAAUGAAUCAAACCAGCAAGAGAUAUACCUUCAUGAAUGAAAUAGAAGAAAGAAAAAUGUACUUUUAUCAAUCCAUCCAUUUGAUGAUUUUUUGUUGUUGUUGUGUGUUUCACAGCUUGGAGCAAACAGGAAUCCCACUGGGCACAGAUGUUGAUUUAAAGUCUAUUCCACGUUGGUUCAAUGUAAUUAUGUUGAAAUGACGUGGAAACAACCGUUGUGUUCCCAAUGGGAUUAUACAUCCAUUUCUUUCACAUUCAUUUCCUUUAGAAAGAGAUUACACUGCAGGGUUUUACAUGUUAUAGUAUUUUAAUAGUUUGGUCGGCACUAUCAACUUUAAUGUUUCACUUAUUUUCAGAAGCUGGCCUGGAGGUCUCACAUAUACUCUUUAACGUCAACGCAAACUAGUAUAUUUUGAAAGGAUCACAAAAUAAUGCAAAGUAUUUUUGUUCCAUGUAGACUGAUAAACCCACAAAUAUGACAAAGUGGUUCUGAAGUAUUUUCUAUAUUCAGUCUAAAUUACUCACACUAUCUAUCUAUUUCACGGGUGCAAACAGAUUGAAGAGAAAUACAACAAUAAGCACAUUUUCCUCAAGUAACAAAGCAAUUUCAGGGUGGGAGAGCAGACCAGCAACAAACAAAGUUAUGCUGGUGCUCAUUAUGACUUCUGUUCUAGAACUCAAACAGAAAAAGAACAUUUGAGGAACAUUCCAUUAAUUUGUUCUAGAACUCAAACAGAAAAAGAACAUUUGAGGAACAUUCCAUUAAUUUGUUCUAGAACUCAAACAGAAAAAGAACAUUUGAGGAACAUUCCAUUAAUUUGUUCUAGAACUCAAACAGAAAAAGAACAUUUGAGGAACAUUCCAUUAAUUUGUUCUAGAACUCAACCAGAAAAAGAACAUUUGAGGAACAUUCCAUUAAUAUAUCCAAGGACUCAAGAGAAAGAUUUCUUCUCAGAAUCUCUAAUGUAGCCAUAGGGGUCAUAUAGACUUGGUGAAGGUCGAGGGUCAACUGUAGAACAUGUGUCCUCUCUGCUUCUCUGUCAACUAUAUUCAGAGCCACAGAUAUCACUGAUGAGGAGGGUACACAUCCCUCUAUCCCUCCAUUAAUUUAAACCUCAGCCAAGAAACCAUGUGCCUGGUGGUCAAAAGUAGUGUACUAAGUAGGGUGCCAUUUGGGACGAACACCAUGUUUCCUGUGUCCUUCCUCACUAGGCCAAUAAACAUGCCUUUCCUUUCUCAAAGUUUUUGAAUUCAGUCCGAUACAGUACAGUACAGGAAGACCCUCUAGUGGAAUGUUCAUAUGUUGACACUAUCGAGGAACAUUCUCAUCAAAAAGUACAUUUGCGGCUCUGUCCCCAAUGGUAUCGUAUUCUAACUAUAGUGCACUACUUUGGACCAAGUGCACUAUAUAUAUAUAUAUAUAUAUAUAAAAAUAGGACGCCAUUUCCGAUGCACACUGUAUUUUAGCGUGCCAGAUGUUGGCAGAAUUUCCUAAAGCCUUGAACCAGACAGUUUGGAAAUGCAAUUUACUUUGUAAUAUGUGUUUUUUUGUAUGCGUUGAUGUACAACCUCAAUAGUUUGUAAAUAUUUGUAUGUAUAUUUUUUGGUCAUAUAUUAGUAAUUUGUUGUGACUGUAUGUUUUUUUACAUUUUUUUUAUUAGGUUUGUGUUUUUGUUUGUUUGCCACAUGUGACUCCAAAACAGAUCACUUUUCCACCUGUAGUCUUAACUCUUUUUGAUAAUAAUAAGGAAGGCGCUGAAUACAAAGAUGUGAUCUUUGACCUUCACAUUUACUGAAGUAUAUAGCAAUAAAUAAAAAAAAUGCACUGAACAAAAAUAUAAAACGCAACAUGCAACAA